CUCCCAUGAAAUCCCCCAAACGCAACGCAAACAACAACAAUGCGCAUCAGCCACCAAACCUCACUUUCUCAACCGUCUUUGAGUUUCAGUUAUUAAUAAUUAUAUCAAUAAUAAUCCAUUUUCCCUAACAUUUCCAAACCUUUUUUUCCCUUCUUCUACUAAAAUUCUUCCAAGAAAACCCUAAUCCACUCCAUUGACCUUUCUUCUUUUCACUGUUACUAUCAUACCUUUUUGUUUACGCUUUUCUUCUUUUCAACUUUGAUAAUCGUUGAUUAUUAAACUUAGCUUCAACUUUUAGAAUUACUGAAAAGGCAAUGCUUUGAUCCAAUUUAGCAAAGUUCGUUUCUCUCCUCCAUGAGCGACUCUAACAUAUCUUCCUCUUCCUCUGAUUCUGCUUCCAUCGCCAACGUCGAUCAGAAUGUAGGGAGGAGUCAAAGAAUUAUAGAUGGUGGUCAAACGUUUUCUCCAGAGCUGCGUCAUUGGCGUGAUGUUUUCUGGUUAGCAAUAUUCGUAAUUCAUUUAAUUUUGUUAGGAUUUGUGCUCGCGGUUCUUGGACUCAAUAGGUUUAAGAAACCAGAUAGGCUAAAUAUUGAUAGAUAUACCAAUCGAGUUUGGGAGAAUUAUAAUGGAUUGACGGAGGAUUAUUGGCCUAAGUAUGCUGUUGCGGCUGCGGUUGGGACCGUUCUUGGAUGGACUUGGUUGUUGUUGCUUGGUUCUCGUGCGAAUCAAAUGAUGAAGGUUUCAGUUCACAUUUUGACAACAUACCUCGCUGUGAUUAGUGUUUUAUGUUUUUGGUGCGAACAGUUUUUCUGGGGUGUGGCAUUUGCAACUGGUGCUGCACUGCAGUUCUUGUAUGUUAUAUCGGUUAUAGACAGGCUUCCAUUCACCAUGCUGGUCUUGCAAAAAGCUGUAAAGUUGGUAUGGAGUCUUCCUGAAGUUAUGAGAGUAGCAUAUGCAUUUAUGGCAGUUAUGCUUUUAUGGAUGGGCAUAUGGUCUUUCGGAGCAGCUGGUGUUGUGGCUUCAAGCAGGGGUGACCUUGGACGCUGGUGGCUUCUUGUGGUUCUCUCUGUAAGCUUAUUUUGGACAGGUGCUGUCCUUUGCAAUACUGUACAUGUUAUAGUGUCUGGGUUGGUGUUUCUUGUUCUUAUUCAUGGUGAUCGAAAUGCUUCAUCAAUGCCUCCCAACUCAUUGAUGAAAUCUCUACAAUAUGCUGUAACAAAAUCUUUUGGAAGCAUUUGCUAUGGGUCACUUUUCACAGCUGCUAUUCGCACUCUGCGGUGGGAGAUCAGAGGAUUCCGGUCAAAGAUUGGAAACAAUGAGUGUUUGCUUUGCUGUGUUGAUUUUUUAUUUCAACUUGUGGAGACCCUUGUUCGAUUUUUCAACAAGUAUGCCUAUGUCCAGAUAGCUGUUUAUGGCAAAGGUUUUAACCGAUCAGCAAGGGAUGCUUGGGAGUUAUUCCAGUCAACCGGAGUUGAAGCACUAGUUGCCUAUGAUUGUUCUGGUGCUGUUCUUCUGAUGGGUACCGUCUUGGGUGGGCUUAUCACUGGAACUUGUGCUGGUAUUUGGACAUGGAUUGCAUGGAGGGACAAAGUGAUCAUGGUGGGGUCCACUGCAAUGUUGAUGGGAAUGGUCUUGGUGGGACUUGCGAUGGUCGUUGUUGAAAGCGCUGUUACAUCUAUAUACAUAUGUUAUGCAGAAGACCCCUCCUUGAUUCAAAGAUGGGAUUCUCAAUUCUUUAACCAAAUGUCGGAGACACUGCACCAGCGACUUCAGCAUAGGAGUGCACGAGCCAGGGAAGUAACUUGUGAGAAGCAUCAAGUUUCAACCCCCUUUUGGAGAUGUUCGCCAAAUGGUCUGAUCAAGCAGCAUAUGGAGGGAAUGGAGUGGAUAGAAAAUGAAAGAGAGGAUAUGGGUGAUAUCCCUUCUCUUGUUUCUGACAGGACAUUAAGGAGGAAAAUUAUCGCUUCUCUUGAAAAUGAAAGACGAAAAGUCGUACUAUCAUGAUUAAAUUAUAUAUAUAUAACUUUGUUAAUCAUCAUAAGAUGAAAGUGCAUUAAUAUUUUGGGAUGAGCAAAAUGCUUGUUGCUAUGGUUUGGUUUUAUCCAUGCAAACAUUACAUGUGAAAUGAAAUAUAUUUGAAAGAGCACGAGAGAAUCGAAAAAGAAGAAAACGAAGUGGGUAACCAUCCACAAACCAUAACCCAUAAUCACGUGAGAAAGAUUUGAAGAAAACAAAAACAGCCAAUCCCAAUUUUCACUUUCCCUUGUAGUAAAUAUAUAAUCUAUAAAAAAAGGCCCAAAAAAAGCAUCGCCAGAGAAACGUGGCAGGUCAUAACUGUACGAAUCCAGUUUCAGAUGCGUCAUAAUCUCUUUACGUGUCUGUCAGAAUCACAGUAAUCAAUUAUUCAUUCAUUAAUGACUAGAUUACUCCUUACAAAGUACCCUCUCUGAUUUUCUCACUAAUUUGUAUAGUAUAGUAGUUUGUGCCUGCCUUGCAGAAUUUUAA